AUCCUGAGCUUCCUCUUGGUGAUGCUCCAAUUCCCCCGACUCUGUGCUCCUCCCCCCCCUUUGGUUGCCCUAGUGGUCCUUUCUUUAGAAAUUGUUCCUGUCCAAGUAACCGCCGAGCUCCCAGUUAGUUCUUCCACUUCUUCUCCCGUUAUUCCUUUUUCUAUAGAUCUUGUGACUAGGGCUCUUGCCCAGAGUUCGCCAAGGGCGGAAGUUGAGAUCCCAGCUUCUGGUCUUCCUGAGAUUUUUGCUGCUGAUCAACUAGGAGGUGCGUCUGCUACUCCACCAGGAGAGUCAACUGCCGAGUUAUCAAGCUCCUUUCCUCCUGCUUCUGUUAAAUCUUAA